GUGUGCAUUAAAGACACGCCUAACGCACAUCUCUCGGGAGGGAUCGUUGUUUCUUUGUGUGGCUCAAUUUAAAAAAAAAAAAGAAAAGAAAAGAAAAAAAAGUUGAAAUUGUUUAUUUUGGGGUUGUGUUUUUUACGACUUUUUAUUUUGCGUUUAUAUUUUUUAACGUCGUGAUCCACCCAGGUAGAAAAGGCGUGAACAAACUUGGAGGCAGAGGUCACACUCAGUAGUCAGCAGUUAGUAUUAAUAGUCGUUCAGUCCAGGCAAAGCUGAGCCUCAAGCCAGACCACUGAGCUGCUCCUGGUCGUUCAAACACCGGAUCACUGCUCGGGAAGUGAAGAAGGGGAAAGGUUUUUGUUCCCACUAUGGACAGUAUGCUGGACAGUCUCUCAAAAACUGAAUUUAUCAGUGUUUGUCUUCGGGAUCCAAGGCUCCAUAAAGAUGACCUCUGGCACACGCACGUCGACUAUGAGAUCUGUUUACAUACCAGUAGCAUGUGUUUCCGAAAGAAGACUUCCCGUGUGAGGCGGCGUUACAGUGAGUUUGUUUGGCUGCGUCACUGCCUGGAACAGAACGCUCUUACCAUAGAAUUACCCAAGUUGCCACCCUGGAACCCAUUCUUCAGUCUGAGGAACACAGGGCAGGUCACCCAGAGGAUGAGGGGCCUGCAGGAGUUUUUAGAAAUUGUUCUUCACACGCCAUUGUUAUUAUCAGACAGUCGACUCCAUCUGUUCCUCCAGUCAGACCUCAGCCUCACAAAGAUUGAAAGGUGUGCUCUCGGUAAGACCAGGUACACUGUGGCUGAAGCCAUACAGCGUUCAAGCAGCGGUUACGUCAGUAGAUUAGAGGACAAGGCAUCCUGUGACUCUGACUGUGAGAGCAGCUCUUCAUCGUCAGGCUUCGGGCUAAGUGUGGACACUGCCAUGCGAGAAAGCCCCCUCCCCUUCCUCGAGUCCCCUGACAAAGACCCAGAGUUGUUCAGCUGUCUUUCGGAGUCCCCCACCAAAGAACAACUCAUUGAGCCCUGAGGCACAAGGGAUGUACUUAGCCACUUUAUGUUUCUGUUUGGACAAAGGUCAUCUAUGUGUCAACCUAUUUAUGAUAUUUCACAGAGGUCAUGUCUUUCUUAGUUAACUUCCAAAGAGCAAAAAGCUUUUUUACUUGUUGGCUUCAUUAUUCCCUGUUUGUUUGUGUUUUUGUUUUGUUUUGUCUUUUUAAUAUGCUUUAGUUUUCUCAUAAAGCAAUACCUUGGUCAUUUAAUUUAGUGUACUUGAAAAAAAUAUUAUGUUUUAAAAAAAUGUAUAGUAAAUCUACGGUUAUAACAGUAAAUUAUUAAAUUUCCUGUGUGUGAAUGUAUAUAUUUUUAUCUGCACUGAAGCUGUACUGAGGUUAGCAAGGGAUGUUUUGAAUUGUGGACAGGACUUUUAAAAUAUUUGAGAAUACUUUUAUGAUUUGUUAAUGGAUGAAUAAACUGUCUUUAAAAAACA